CACUAGCCCCAUCCUGCCGUGCCUUAGCUUGACUGUAAAGAUGCCACAGUUACUGGGAAACAUUAACGGGAUCAUCGAAGCCUUUGAACGCUACUCCAGGACGGAAGGGGGCUGUGCCGUGCUCAGUCGGAGCCAGCUGAAAAAGCUCCUGGAGCAAGAAUUCGCUGAUGUCAUUGUGAGACCCCACGACCCGGCUACGGUAGAUGAAGUGCUGCGCCUGUUGGAUGAGGAUGACACAGGGACUGUGGACUUCAAAGAAUUCCUGGUCUUGGUGUUCAAAGUCGCCCAGGCCUGUUUCAAGACACUAAAUGAGAAUCCAGAGGGAGCCUGUGGAUCAAAGACAUCUGGAAGCCAUUCCCACAGGGACUUGCAGGAGAAAGGAGGACAGAGACACGGCUUUGAGGAGAAAAGGGCUGGGCCUAACCAGGGGCCCAAGGAGAGCAGCCUUGGACAGCCACAGGCUUCCAAAGGGCAGAGCCAGGCUGCGGCUAAGGGCCAGGGCCAGGGCAUCAGCUCUCCUCAGGGCAGCAGCAGAGACAGGCAGUCCAGAGCUCAGAGCCAGCUGGUGGGAGGAGACAAGAGGCAUGAGACCACUGAGAGACAGUCACAGGCCGUGGAACAGGCUGGAUCCCACCAGACAAGCAAGAGUGUGACCAGAACUGGAACUCAGGUGCAGACAGGUAUCACCCAGAAUGUGAGUCAGGGCGGGGGCCGACUGACAGGAAGCAGUCAGCAAUCCUAUGGUCAGAAUAGAGGGACUGAGACCCACAGUCAAGGCAAGGGUCAGACAAGCCAGGGAGUGACAGGAGGGCAAGUGCAGACACAGACAGGAUCUCACACCCAGACACACACCCAGGUCACCGAGCAGAACAGGUACCAUCAAACUGGAAGCACCACCCCUGGUCAGAACAGAGAGACAGAGACCCAUGGUCAAGACAAGAGCCAGAAGGGCCAGGGAAUGGCAGGAGGACAUAGUCAGACGGGCUCACAAACCCAGAGGCACACCCAGACCACAGAGCCGAACAGACACCAUCAAACCGGAAACAUCAGCAACCCAACCCAGCAAUCCACCUCUGGUCAGAGCAGAUGGACCGAGACCCACAGUCGAGACAGGAACCAGACGAGUCAGGUGGUGCCAGGAGGGCAACUGCAGACACAGACCGGGUCUCAUACCCAGACACAUACCCAGACCACAGAGCAGAACAGGCACCAUCAAACCGGAAACAUCAGCAACCCGAUCCAGCAAUCCACCUCUGGCCAGAACAGAUGGACUGAGACCCAGAGUCGAGACAGGAACCAGACGAGUCAGGUGGUGACAGGAGGACAAGUGCAGACACAGACCGGGUCUCAUACCCAGACACAUACCCAGACCACGGAGCAGAACAGGCACCAUCAAACCGGAAACAUCAGCAACCCGAUCCAGCAAUCCACCUCUGGCCAGAAUAGAUGGACUGAGACCCACAGUCGAGACAGGAACCAGACAAGUCAGGUGGUGACAGGAGGACAAGUGCAGACACAGACCGGGUCUCAUAGCCACACUGUGGAACAAAAAAGGAACCCAACAGCAGGCCAGGGACAGACUCAGACACAGUCAGGCAGUGGACCAAAAUGGACACAUGUGAGCAACCACCAGGCAGGACAGACAGUGCAGGGGGGACAGGCCGAGACUGGAGCCAGCACUCUGCCUGGAAGACAGGAGGGGAGCAGCACUCACCCAGAGUGCAGUGGGACUGGAGGGCAAGGAGAGGAGUCCACGGUGGUUCACGGGGAGUGGGUUGAUGACCACACAAGGGAGACAGAGAGAAGACAAGGAGAGAAGGAGUCCACAGUGGUUCACAAGGAGUGGGUUGAUGACCAUAGUGACCACACAAGGGAGAUGGAGCGAAGGCAAGGAGAGAACGAGUCCAUGGUGGUUCAUGGGGAGUGGGCUGAUGACCAUAGUGUCCACACAAGGGAGACAGAGCAAAGGCAGGGAGAGAAUGAGUCCACAGUGGUUCAUGGGGAGUGGGCUGAUGACCACACCAGGGACUCAGAAGUCCGAGGGCAGGCCCAGGGCAGCCUACACACUAGUGUUCCUUCAUUCCAGGGCCAGGAGUCAGUCCAGCAGGAAGUGAAGGGAGGCAUCAGUGGACUGUAUUCCUACUUUAAGCGUACCAAGCCAUGAGUGUCCCUCCCCCCGUCCCCCCAUGAACUCCAGUGCUAGGAAAGGAAUAGCUGGAGAGGGGGUGGCUGGUCCUUCCUGUGGGGAGUGGGGAGUCCCGGGUACAUGUCCCUGGAUAUCAGCUCUUAAUCACAGACAGUGCUUCACUCUUCAGUCUUUCUCAGUAAUAUUUCUGCAAAGUACCCUAGACUUCUUUAUCUACUUUACCCUAUGACCCUCUCAGGAGCAGGAAUUGAGAGAAAAGUAGUCCUUUCAUAUCGAAUUCUCCCUAGCUUGUGGCCAACGCUACUUUUAUCAAAGCUACUCGUCCAUUGCUCCAUCUAUCCUC